AUGUCGAAACCCUCUGCGCAACCUCGCCUCACGCCACAAUUCUGCUUCAACCAGACCGCACUGCGAGACUUUCUUCGUAUAUCACGCGGCGCGAUUGAUGAUUCCAUCACACAGAACCUUAAUGCUCUUCUUACACCAGCGCAACGAGGCUUCGAUCCGACAUCCACAAGUACACGACAGCUGCCAUCGCCCGGCCACGGUCGGUCGUUAGAACCAGAACAGUGUGAGGGUUUCAAAGAGAAAGUGCUGUUCCCAAGCUGGGCAGUACGAUCGGAUGUACUAGACUAUUGCGCGGGUAUUGCGACAUCACCGGAUCCCGACAAUCCGGAUAGUGUAUUGCGGCAGAUUGAGGACUCCAAGGCACGAGAACGGACUGUGGACGAGCGAUUAGAUCCAUACUCGGGACGUUAUUUCCCACAGGAAACAAGAACAGAGAGUCUAGCCAUGCUCAUGCGCAACGAGCGGGCGGUUGAGAAGAUCAUACGGAUGAGGACGUGGAGCAUGCUGGGCGAGCGGUGCGGCAUGACCAACGAGACAGCCGAGGUGGCGUUCGACAAGUGGAGAGAGAUGCAACGACGAUGA